AUGUGGGAAGGACGUCCUAGGCGCUGGCGUCGCGGGUCUGUGGUAUGCUUUGGGAUUGAGCACGGCACGGAUCCACAGACGAACAGUCUCUCGCUCCCCUAUUUUAUGAGCCAUACUAACAUUCAGGCGCGAUGGAUCAAAAUCCUGUCGAAAGAGUUCCCGACGCUGGCGUUCCAUGCGUCGAUCAACCACAGCUUUGGUAAGGGUAGUCUUAUCCAGCUAUUGCGUCAAUUCAGUGUGCUGCACUCGGACAAGAAGCAGAUCAGCGUCGGGUUUGUUGGCUACCCGAAUGUCGGCAAAAGCUCCAUCAUCAAUACGCUCAAGAAAAAGAAGGUGUGCAAUGUGGCGCCUAUUCCGGGCGAGACCAAAGUGUGGCAGUACAUCACGCUGAUGCGCCGUAUCUACCUGAUUGACUGUCCGGGCAUUGUGCCGGUCAGUGCGCAUGACUCGGAGACAGGCACGGUCCUCAAGGGUGUGGUGCGUGUAGAAAACUUGGAGUCACCCAGUGAGCAUAUUGCCACGGUGCUGAGUCGUGUCAAGCCCGAGUACAUCAAGCGCACGUACAACCUCGAGUCGUGGCGCAAUGCUGAUGACUUUUUGGCGCAGCUGUCGGCGCGUAUGGGCAAGUUGCUCCGUGGUGGCGAGCCCGAUCUCGAUACGAGCGCCAAGAUGGUGCUCAAUGACUGGAUUCGAGGCAAGAUUCCCUUCUUUGUGCCGCCACCCAUGCCGCCCAAGCGCGAUGAUGAGCCGGUGGGCGAGAAGCGCGUGCGGGGUGUGGAUCAGCCGAUUGCCAAGAUCCCUGUGCUGAGCAAGUUCACGGAAGAAGACGUGCAUGGCGGUGUGCCGGAAGACUUUGAGCGCGACGACGAUCCUGAGCCGGAGGAAGAAGAUGUCCUGGAUGACGAGGACGAGGAGCCUGACGAGGACGAGGAAGACGACGAGUCUAGCGACGAUUUGGACGAUCUCGCGUGGGAAGAUGUCUUUGAUCAAAAGGCACAGCCCGCACCGGAUGUAUCAGAGGACGAGGCACCGCGGCCCAAGGAGAAGCGCAUGACGACCAACAAGCGCAAGGCCGAGAACUAUUACACGCAUGCCAAUGUCAAGAACCGCAACCGGCAGAAGCAGGCCGCUAUGAGCGAGCUGCAUGCCCAGAGCCGGCACCGAGACCGCGGCAGCCGCGUGGGUGCGAACAAGAAGGCGAGUCGCACGUCGAAUCCCAAGCUGCAAAAGCGCAAGUAG